AUGGCCGUCGACGCGGGCGUCCGCGCCGCGCUCGGCGCGCGCGUGGACGGCGCGCGCGUGGACGCCGCCGUGGACCGCGCGGGCGCACGCGCGCGUCGGGGCGCGCGCGCGCCCGCGGUGCUCGUGCCGUUGAUGGAGCGCGGUGGUGGGACGGAGGUGCUGUUGGAGGUGCGACCGACGACGAUGCGCGCGCACGGGGGCGAGGUGAGCUUUCCGGGAGGGAAACGGGACGAAGAUGACGCCGAUGACGUCGCGACGGCGCUGCGAGAGGCGCGGGAGGAGGUUGGGAUCGAGGAGGAGGAUGUGGAGGUGCUCGGACGGUUACCGGUGAUUUUGUCGAGGUUCGCGACGAGCGUGCGGCCGAUCGUGGGGGUGUUGAGGGAGGAUUUUGAGGUGCGAGAGGAAAAGAUAUCGCGAAGUGAGGUGGCGGAGGUGUUCACGGCGCCGUUGGAGAUGUUCUUGGAGGCGCGAAAUCAUAGGCACGACGAUUUCGCGUGGCCGAAUGCGACGCGGCCGAUUCGGGUGCACUACUUUGAUUACGACCGAGGUGGCGGUGCGGAGGUGCUCACGAUCUGGGGGCUCACGGCGAUGAUCUUGAUCGAAGUCGCCCGCCGUAGGUACGGUCGCGAGCCGGAAUUUUCGGUAUGCACGGAGGACGGGGUGUCGGUUUGGGACGUCAAGGCGCUGCGAGACGGACGGUUUGUCGUGGACAAAACAAAUUUGCGCAGCGCGUUGUGA